CGCGGCAGUGAGAGGUAGCGUCGCAUCGAACCUGCCGUCCUCCCUGACAAAGUGUGCUUUGCGCCCUGACUCUACCGCUCCAGUUAAUUUUAACGAAGAGCUGCUUGCUCUUUUUUGCCGGAUAACAGUUAGCAUAGGCGUACAAGACAGAGGUGAAGUGAUUUAGGUUAUAUCAACACGACGUGAAAUCCAUGUUGAUGAAGUCAAUUCAAGAGUCAAUCACAUUCGGGUGUUGCGUUGCCAUGUAGCUGAGCGCUGCGACACGCCUGGCUCUACGUAGCAAAAAUUUUUCCACGAAGCUGAGGUUUGAUCCUGACUGGUUAGACAAGUGACCAUCAACAGACCAUCGACCGCCAUACCACCUGAGCCUUCCUUCAGCUUGUUCAAAUGAAUGAAUAAUUGAAGUAUUUAUUCAAUUGUUCAAAAAUUCAGAACUUAACUAUAGUAUUUAACUAUUCGAAAUUGAAGUGACUCAUUAAUAAAGCACUGAAACCAAGUUUAUCGUUCGUUUUCUAAGUGCCGGGAAUGUCACUAAACUAAAGACGAACAUGAAGCUCUUGCACUGGGUGAUGUUAGCGGCGCUACUGCAGCAAAUCUGCACAGCGUCUCAGCAGCAAAACGACUCCCAGCUCUACACGUGGACGACAGGCGCGUGGGGAGUGUGCUGGUCAGCGUCAGGCUGCGGGCAGGGCGUAGAGCAGCGUACGGUCUGGUGUACCGACCACCUCGCGCGUACUGUGCCCGCUGCUCUGUGUUCUCCUCACGACAAGCCCCCGGACUCCCGACACUGCUACACCACCUGCCAGGGUGGGACAUGGCAGCCUGGACCUUGGUCGGAGUGCCGUUUGGAUUCCUCUUCCCCACGUCGUCUGAGUAAUGGCUUGUGUCACGGCACACACUACAGGAACGUCUCAUGCUUGACUCAAGCGUCUGAAAAAGUUCCCCCGUUACCAUGCACGGGACCAGAGCCUCCACGUGAAGCGCCAUGCAAAGUAUCAUGCCCAAAAGAUUGCGUCGUUGGACCCUGGAGUGACUGGACCCCUUGUACAAUUUGCGGUAAGCUGCAGUCCCGAAACCGCGCGGUGCUCGAGGCACCCAGCAAGGCAGAUAAACCGUGUCCUCGGUUAACCGAAGUGAAGACUUGCGAAGAGGACUGCAGGCCUUCAACCACAUCGACAACUACAACUACCAACAAGCCGGUCGUACCUUGGCUUCAGGUGGGGCAGUGGGGUGACUGUAUGCCUCUCAAGACUCAUCAAGCUGCUAAAAGCCCAACAGAAAAGCCCAAAGUCCUCGAGUUCAUCAACCUUGCAGAUUUUGAUGAUGAGGAUGACGGUGGAGAGCGAAGCGGGGAUGGAUCACUGGAGACCUCAGCCGGAAACUUAGGUGAAAUAAAAACAAAAACUCACCUUUUUACUACGGGGAAAACUAACUUUCAGUCUCAAGCGAAUACAAACUUGGUACAUGCAUUGGAUGUUCCAUCCGAGUAUCAAAAGAAUUCGAGUUUGCAGGAGCUGUCGGAUAUUUUAUUGGACUCUUCUCAAGAUUUGGCAGCCGGCAAAGUGGGAUUUCAGAAGCGAAAUCUAACUUGCCAUACCGAAGGUGGCAAGGCCAUCUCGUUAAGCAUGUGCCUGCAAGUGACAGACUCGCUUCUUCCCGCACACACACGUCCGUGUGAGCUGGCGGUAGACUGUCUGGUCACGCAGUGGUCUUCGUGGUCCACGCUCACUCAUGGUUGCAUCGCACCUAAUGGACAAGUGGUGCGCGAGGUACGCGAGCGUCGCCGUGCAGCGCUGGUGCUGCAGCGCGGAGCCGGCCGUCCUUGCCCUCAUCUGCUGGAGACUCAGACACUAGCACGACCCCGGCUAGUGCCUUGUGACUCCAAGUACGAGUGGGUGCCGACGUCGUGGGGCCCGUGUGUGUCGACCGUUGGGCCCGACACACACUCACCCGUGGCAUGUGGGGGCGGGGUGCAGAAAAGACGGGUGUUCUGCGCACGGGUGCAAUACAAAGCACCCGUUGCUGACGCGCUCUGUGCACACGUCCAGCCUCCGCCAAUAUACCAGAGGUGCGAGAUCGGGUGUGAAAGAGACUGCCAGCUCGGCCCCUGGUCCGCGUGGGGGAUCUGCACCCCCGCCGACUGCUCCCUCAUGCCUCCCCCAGCAUCCCCCGGUGUCCGGCGUCGACGUCGCGAGGUGUUAGUGAGCGCCAGCGCUGGAGGCCGUGAGUGCCAAGCUCUGGAGGAACAGAGCGAGUGCCAUGGUGCUCAGUGCCAUCAGUGGGUGCUGGCACCGUGGCAGGAGUGCCUCGUCAAUGAUCCCGCACUCAAAUGUGGGCCUGGACAUAUGACUCGCAAUGUCAGCUGCCUGGAUGCAUAUGGGAUCCCAAGUCCACGAGAGGAGUGCGAGGGCGAGCUGGGCCACGUGUCCACACGGAAACCUUGCCACGUACCCUGCCCGUACGACUGCGUGUUGGCGCCGUGGUCUGAGUGGUCUGCGUGCUCCAGGUCCUGCUCCAGUGAGCACCAAGUGGGCUACACCCGCCGCAACACCACCAUACUCGCACCUCCAGGCCCGGGAGGACACCCGUGCCCCGACCCCGACGAGCUGACGGAGGUGAGCACCUGCAGGCUGGAGCCGUGUGGAGGCGCUGCCUGGAGCCCCGGCCAGUGGAGCGUCUGUGCUCCAGAAGGAGGGGCGCUGUGUGGAUCAGGAACCCAGACGCGCUCUCUCAAGUGCGUGGGCCCUGACGGCAAGAGUCUGUCUCUUGAGAGGUGUCGUGGGUUGCAGCAACCUACGCAAGAGCGUUCGUGUGAAGUGGAGUGCGGUACGCCGUGCUCCGUAUCUCCAUGGAGUGACUGGAGUGAUUGUGGUGCAACACAAGGCUGUUCCAAAGGUGCGGUGUCGUCGGUCCAGAAGCGCUACCGUGAAGUGCUAGUCGAGCCCCAGGGGGUCGGUGAGCCCUGCCCCCCGCUGUCCCAGGACCGGGCCUGCGCUGUGGCCCCACAGUCGUGUCCCAAACCCCAGUGGCGACCCGGGCCCUGGAGUGCUUGUCAACUCAACCAUGGGGACACAUGUGGGCCCGGUAUUAGGGUCAGAGACGUGUCGUGUUCGGACGAGUCCGGCAGUGUUCUGGAGCCGACGUCGUGCCUGUUACUGAACACGGUGGUGCCCGACACGGCCGCGCCGUGCGCCGUGAACUGCACGACGGGCUGCGCCACGUCCGAGUGGUCCGAGUGGACCGCGUGUCCGCAGGCUGGCAGAGCCUGUGGUGACGUUGUCAGCGAGCGACGCCGUAGCCUCAUCGACGGCAGUCAACUCGACCCAGCUUGCACCAACACAAGUCUUGUAGAGAAGAAGUCGUGCCCAUGCCAUUCGUUCUAUUCAUCGCCCGCCUCUGAAUGGUCUGAGUGUCUAGUCGGAGAAGGGGAUCUGCAAACGGAACCUCAAAAAAGCCGCCGACCUAAACAAUCAGGAAUAACAGUAAUGAAGUUAAUUAAAGGAAACAAAUUUAAGGGCGCUAAAAACGGGUUGAAAUUAAGAGGCAAAAAUAGUAAUUUGAAUGGUAUUGUGACAGAGCGAGACGAGUACGGUUAUGAAGACGAACUUGCCACUAGAAAUGAAGGCAAGGAAUCCAUACCCCUUUCCUUUGGCGAGAGCAUUAGUUUUCUGGGUGACCUGGAUGAGUUUAAAAACUACGUUUAUUUAUCAAGUCAAAAAUCGGCUGACUUGUCUUCGGAACAAGAAUUGCCAUCCGGAAAAGAAUUAGAGUGGGAGAUGCAAGAAGAGACCAACAAUGAGAUAACGUUCAAAGAAAUCGAUGCUUAUGAUUAUGGUGAAGAUCUUGAAGAAUAUAGUGAAGAGAUUCACCUCGAGACGCUCCAGGGGCGGGACCAGCUCUGUGGAGUAGGUGCACGGUACAGGGCGCUGAAAUGCUUCAGGAGCGAUCACGUCAUUGUUCAUCCCAGGUGGUGUGAACACGAGGGUUGGGAGUGGGAGCCCUGCAUGGUGGAGUGUCCGGUUGACUGCCUGGUGGGGGCGUGGAGCGACUGGUCUCCAUGUAACGCCUCAUGCGGACCCGGCAUCCAGACCCGCCAGAGACCCAUAUUGAGUCCCCAGCUGUGGGGAGGCCGUAAAUGCCCUGAUGCGCAGCAGACGAGGGUGUGUUGGGGGAGCUGCGCGGGGCGAUGGUUUGCGCGAGGCUGGGGAGAAUGUGAGGGUGAAUCUGGGGCCACACUCACCCUCGAGGGGAGAGGGAACCAGACCAGACAUGUUGGGUGCUCUAGGGAGACACAGGAAGGGCUGCAGGAGGAGGCCCAGGAGGAGGAGUGCCAGGGCCUCCCCAAGCCUCAUAGUGAGCAGCCCUGUCGUGUGGCCUCACCAGGCACCUGCGUCGUGGGCCCGUGGUCCCAAUGGUCCCUCUGCAGUCCCGGCUGCGCCAUUCACAGUUCGAGGAACCGCACGCGGGAGAUCUUGCGUCACCCAGUGCAGGCAUCGGCGGCAGCGGCGACGUCGAGAGCGUCGUGCCCGUCCCUGCUGGAGACCGAGCCUUGCUUGGCGGGUGUCUCCUGCUGGUGGUACACCUGGCAGGUGGGGAACUGGACGUCGUGUGUGCCGCUGGGGCAGUCGUCGUGUGGGGAGGGCGUAAUGAACCGUCCAGUUGCUUGCGUGCGAUCAGAUGGUGUUAAAGUUCAUGACCGUUGGUGUGGUGAGGAGAACAAGCCGACGCCUCGCGAGACCUGGUGCUACGUCGACUGCCCCAUUGACUGCGAGGUGUCGCACUGGACGGCCUGGGACAGCUCCCAGUGCUCCUGCGGCGACACAACGGGCAACAUGACUCGUGACCGCUACAUCGCCGUGAACCCCAGCGAGAGCGGGCGUGCGUGUCCCGUAGAGUUGCAGCAGCGGCGUCCCUGUCCCUACGUGCCGUGCUACACGUGGCAGCGCGGACCCUGGGGAAGAUGCACUCUGCAGGGAGGCUCUUGUGGUCACGGCACAGUGUCUCGCUCAGUAGCUUGUGUGGGGCCUGGUGGGGAACAAGUGUCCCCGUCGCUCUGCCUGCAAUUCUUCCAUGUUGGAGGGCAUUCCUGGUCGUACUUAUCCCAUGCUCUCGACCUCAACACACACGAUAGUUGCCUGGUGUCGUGCGAGGGCGGCUGCGAGCUCACAGAGUGGUCCGCUUGGUCGCACUGCCACCGAGACUGUUCGAACGGAGCCGCAAGCGGCGUUCAGACCCGGAGCCGCGGUAUCUUGUCCCCGGGUCAGCGUGGGUCAGAAUGUCCCCAUGAGUUGUCCCAGUCUCGGCCGUGCCUCACGGGCCCGUGUCGCACGUACUCGUGGCAGUUCAGGAACGGCGAGGCCAUUUGUGUCAGGGACGACGGUGCCACCGUCACGUCUGGAUGCAACGAGACUCAGCGGCCCUGCUAUCCAGGGUGCUCUCUUCCCAACUCGCGGUGCUCUGUACUGGGAUGGUGCGUGUGCAGAGCUGGGUUCAGGGCCGUGUACUCUGAGGUACACCAGUACACUCUGAGCCGUUGUGUCUCAGACGCAGACAUGGACACCAACGGCAGCCUCAGCGCCCUGCCUGUUGCUCAGCGUCUCAUGGCUGAUGGGAACCUGCCAAAUCAACUGAACGUGUGGAUGUUUGCGGUGCUGGGCAUAGGCAGCGCCUUCGUUAGCUUCGUGGCCGUUUCCCUUUACCUCCUCUGCCGCCAAAAUCCGCGCGAAGAGUUGGCGCUGCCCCUAGUGUCCCCUCACCCAACCGGCGAGAAGCUCCCUGGACCCCAGCCAGAAAUACGACCCCGAGCUCGUCUGCAGCAGAAUCCACUGUACGAGCUCCAGCCAGACCUGCAAAAGACCGUAAACCUGUCAGAGAAUCAGGAUUGUGAGCCGGAAACGAACAACGAUGGGUCCACCAACAACGUGCAGCCGCAAUUGAUCGGCAGAAAAGGAAACGACGACGUCGGGUGUCAGAAAAAUAUUAUUGCCAGUCUGGAGACGUAAAAACAUCCCGUUGCCGUAACUCUAUUCCUAAGAAUCUUUAUUAACUAAUGGCACUGUGAAUUCUGGAAUAACUUAGCGGAAUAACUUAAUGGCUUUUCGGCUUUCUCAGAAUGUGAUUACGCCGUCUUUGUGCCGUGAUAAUAAAUCGCUUCUAAAUGGCUUAAGAACCUUUAAAUAGCAUAGUAUUUAACACGACUCCAGUCAUUAUUGCAAUAUGUGUCAUUAAGAACUUAUUCACUCCAGCGUGUCAAUGUAAACAUAAACAUUUACCUUACCGCAUUGAACAUAUAUAUGCCCGUUUGCUCAUUGAAUGUAAAUCAUUUAAAUUUAGAUGUUAAGAUGACAUUAGAGUAUGAACUAAAAUUUCAAAUGUAUGAGUGUGGAAAACCCGUCGAAAAUGAAUUCAAUGAUGUAAAUUGGUUAAAAAGAUAUUAGUUUUCAAGAGAGUUUUCGUCGGUUAAUAUUUCCUAGAGAUUAUCCAAAUGACUUAUUUAUUUUUUCAUUCUCUUGUAUGUUUUAUUCUUGAUCUUCUGAGAGUGCGGUAAUUUCUUAGGUAUCAAACUGACAAUAAAACUAAACUUGCGAUCUUAGAAGUCCACUCAGCACCGCGCUCAAGGCAGUCAUCUGCAAACGCAAUUAAAAAUUGAAUUUUCUGUAAAUGAAUAAAAAUAUUUCGCUGCUCCAGCAAAUUAUUAUAAACAAAUCUAUCGAUAAAGCAUAGGAAGUUAUUAGAUAAAUUGAUUAAUAAUUUCAAAAACUGCUAACAUGGAGGACACUAGGCAUAUUAAUUUAAUUUUUUCAUAAUGGGAUAAGUGAAUUAAUAUCUUAACAUUAGGGUUCAUGUAUUUUAUUUGAUGAAUUUAGAUAUAUUGUUUUGGAAUUAAAAUAAAUAGCGAUUUGGAUUGCUUGGAAUUAAUACUGAUAUAAUGAGUGUUUUCUUUAAUAUAAUGUACAUAUAUCCUGAUUUUUCUGUCAUAUUGUUUACUGAAAUGUAUGCACAUUGAUAGUGAAUAUUUCAGCAGUUGAAGGAUGAAUAAUCACUUAUUCUGCUCAGUGUAGAGCUGUUUUUUUACACUGAGCUUAAGUCUAGAUGGUAGGCAGGGUUCGCUGUAGAUAUGAUAAAGUAAUUUCUCAUUAGCUUUGUAUUGUCGAUUGAUAGCUGCUGAUUCCUAAUUCAAAAUCGUGAAAUUUAACCACUGGCUUAUAUAUUUAAAUAGGUGUCUGGAUUACAUUAAUAAUUGAAUUAAUUCAGCCCUAUAUAGUUAUUACAGAAUUCGAGUGAUUUCUCAAAAUUUUUUACAUAUAACAACUAAUUCAAUUUUUCGAAAAUCUCGUCUCUGUCAGUAUUGAAACUAAUUUUUUGUACGCUCGAUGUAUUUAACACUUUAAAUUCACCCCCAUAAAUAUCAAUGUUCAGUACUGUGUUCCUAGACCAACAUGCUUCUCAUGGCUGUUCACAACCUUAUUCUGGUUCCCUUGUGAAUGUUUAGUUUCGAAUGAUAAUACCACAGGAAACUAUUAUUUCUGAUAUUUAAUUUUCCUUCAGAAUGCAAGGGAAAUUUACCGGUGGUAUAAAAGACUUCGCUUUAGUAAUGACAUUCGGGUGCACCUUUGUACUACUUCUUAAAAAUAUUCUCACUUCUGUUUUUCUGUACAUGUUAAUCACCUGAUUUUCAAAAUUAUAUUUACCUUGAAAAUUCGAUUUCAUGGAUGGGUAUAGAAGAACAGAAAAUUAACGUCAAAAAUCACCGGAUGAAUUUUUUAAUAUAUAUGAAAUA